AUGGCUUCAGACGCCCCAUUGGAAGUCCUCAUGGUAGGCACAGGGGAAUACACCACAGGUUUCGUAGGAGGAGGAGCAUCAGGAUCCGACAAGAAAGUCGGCGUAGUCGGUCUCACCCUGUUUGAUUUACGACGACGAGGAAAGGUAGGAAAACUCUCAAUGGUAGGGACAUCAGGACACAAGUUCCCCGCAGUCCGUGAACAUCUCACCAAAAACAUCACCAAAGUCUACAACAACCUCGACACGUCCUUCUCCUCCUACCCCUCCAACGACACCACCGACCCUAAUGCCUACAAAGCCGCCAUUGACGCCCUCCCCCCGGGCUCGGCCAUAACGAUCUUCACGCCCGACACCACGCACUACGCCAUCGCACUAUACGCCAUCGAGCGGAAAAUCCACGUCCUGAUAACCAAACCGGCCGUCAAAACACUAGAGCACCACCUAGCCCUCCUCUCCGCCGCGCGCGAGCACGGCGUCUUCGUCUACAUCGAGCACCACAAGCGCUACGACCCGGCAUACGCGGACGCGCGGUACAAGGCGGGCGGCCUGGGCGAUUUCAAUUAUUUCUAUAGCUAUAUGAGCCAGCCGAAGAGCCAGCUGGAGACGUUCAAGGCGUGGGCGGGCGUCGAUAGCGAUAUUUCGUACUAUCUGAAUAGUCACCAUGUGGAUGUGUGCGAGAGCAUGGUGUCGAGUCAGGGCUUUGUGCCGGUGAAGGUCAGCGCAAGUGCGAGUAUGGGGGUCGCGGUGGACUUGGGGUGUGAUCCGAAGACGGAAGAUACGAUUAGUUUGCUGGUGCAUUGGGUGAAGAAGGACGAUACAAGUAAGAGGGCGACGGGCGUGUAUACGGCGUCUUGGACGGCGCCGCAGAAGGCCGGCGUGCAUAGUAAUCAGUACUUUCAUUACAUGGCGUCCAAGGGGGAGAUUAGGAUUGAUCAGGCCAAGAGGGGCUACGAUGUUGCGGAUGAUGGGUUGGGGAAUGGCUUGAUGUGGUACAAUCCCUUCUAUAUGAAGUAUGCGCCUGACGAGGAGGGGAAUUUUGCAGGACAGGGCGGGUACGGGUAUGUGAGUUUCGAGAAGUUUAUCGAUGGGUGUAGACUUGUCAAUAAGGAGGGCCCAAAAGCGCUGGAAACGUUGGACAAGAGAGGGCUGCCGACAUUGGCGAAUACGGUGUUAACUACUGCUAUUCUUGAAGCGGGGAGGAGGGCCAUUGAUGAGGGUAGGGAAGUGGGGAUCAAGGAGACGGAAGGAGGAUGGGAAUUGAUUUAG